AUGGCCUCCACCAAGAAGAGCUGGGCGCACGAGAUCGAGGCGUCCGUGGCGGCGCCACGGCUGUUCCGCGCCGGCGUCAUGGACUGGCACACGCUGGCGCCCAAGCUGGCCCCGCAGGUCGUCGCCAGCGCCCACCCCGUCGAGGGCGAGGGCGGCGUCGGCAGCGUCAGGCAGUUCAACUUCACCUCCGCCAUGCCCUUCAGCGUCGUGAAGGAGAGGCUGGACUUCCUGGACGCGGACGGGUGCGAGUGCCGAUCGACCCUUCUCGAGGGCGGGCACGUGGGCACGGUGAUCGAGACGGCCACGUCGUGCAUCAAGGUGGAGCCGGCGGCCGGCGGCGGCGGCAGCGUCGUCAAGGUGGAGUCCACGUACAAGCUGCUGCCGGGCGUGGGGGAGGCCCAGUACGAGGUCGGCAAGGCCAAGGAGUCCGUGACCGCCAUCUUCAAGGCCGCCGAGGCGUACCUCAUCGCCAACCCGGACGCCUACAACUAA